AUUUCUCUCCAGCGACAACACAACUAACCCGACAGCCACCGCCCUUCCCACGACAGCCUCUUCCCUCAGCUCUCACAACAGUCGCCAAAAUGGGUCGCGUCCGAACUAAGACCGUCAAGAAGUCCGCCAAGGUCAUCAUUGAGCGUUACUACCCCAAGUUGUCGCUCGACUUCGAGACCAACAAGAGGAUCUGCGAUGAGAUUGCCAUCAUCGCCUCCAAGAGGCUCCGAAACAAGAUCGCCGGAUACACCACUCACUUGAUGAAGCGUAUCCAGCGUGGUCCCGUCCGUGGUAUCUCGUUCAAGCUUCAAGAAGAGGAGCGUGAGCGCAAGGACCAAUACGUCCCCGAGAUCUCUGCUCUCGACUUCACCCAGAACAGCGAGUCUGGCUCGCUCGAUGUCGACCAGGAGACCAAGGACCUCCUCAAGAGCAUGGGCUUCGACAGCAUCCCCACCAACGUCAUUGCCGUCUCUCAGCAACAGGUUGUCGAGCGCGGUCCCCGCCGCUUCAACGACCGCCCCGGCCGCUCGUAAAUACGAAAGCGAACGCGCGAUUCGGUCUCUCUUCUUCCUCCCUUCUCGGUUCAUUGAAAACAUGGUGUCUGGGAAAGGGUUUCUUCUGCCACGACUAUGGCAUGGUUUUACGGCUAUAUACGGCGGCAUGAUGAUCAGGAGCAAAUGAAAGAAAAGGUUCCUCCCCAC